AUGAACAAGUCCCAGUUCUAUCUAUCCCAGUGUGCCGAGGCGGCGUCGAAGAGUCAGAUGGGGUUCACGCUCGGAGCCGUUCUUGUGAAGGGCGGCAAGGUCAUAUCUUCUGGCCACAAUCAUCAUCGACCGCAUUACGACGGCGCCGAAGUGAGGACGCAGGGACAUCGCAAGCCGGUGUCCAUGCACGCGGAGAUGCACGCCAUCUUCUGCUGCACUGGCAUGUCCCCUUCUUUCAAGACGCAGGUUCAAGGCUCGGUGCAGCGCGUUCAAAACCCUUCGCGGGCUCAGAGAGCGCACUCUUUGAGCCCGCCGAUGUCGCCGCUCUCGCACGCGGCGACCGCCUCCAGCGCGGAGUCUUCGGUCUCGCCUAAGCCGGGCAAGACGAAGACUGAACGCCGCAACAAGUCGCGACCGCCGGUGCGGAUGCAGCACGGCAGCGACGGUGGCGAAGACAGCAACUGCGACGGCGGGAUGUCGACGUCGAGCAGAGGAUCCGCCGGAUGCAGCGCGCCGCGGAAUGUACUCGCCGCGACACGCUUGAAGAACGGCGAUCGGGGGUGGGGCGCGCGGCGACGCGACCCGCGCACGAACGGUUCCGACCUGUACGUCGCGCGAUUCACGAAGCACGGGACGGGGAGCGCGCGGCCGUGUUGGAGGUGCUUGGAGUGGUGCCGGUGGGCGGGCGUGAAGCGCAUCUUUCACUGGGACGCGGACGAAGGUAAGUUCUUGGUCUUGAAGGUGAACAGCGCGGAGGGCGAGCAGUAUGAAACGCAUGCGGACAUCCGCUUGUUCGCGGGAUUGGUGAGCGCAGUCAAUAUCGUGCGCGCUGCUGGAGGCUGA